ACGAACUUUCAUAAUGGCGGUCUAGGUGGUUACUACAGCAUGCUUGAAUUAUUUUAAAAUUAGCCACUGUGAGUUUGUGAAAAUAACGUCGAUGAUCACAAGGAAUGCGGGGAUGAUCGACGGUUUUUAAAAUGCAGAAUGAAGACCGCUUAUCAAACGAUGAGUCCAACACCGAAUUGAAUGAUGUCGAGGUUCUAAAAUUAAGAGGGAGACCCUCAUCGCCUAUGAUGGAAAAGACACAAAUUAUUACGCCUCAAAAUUUCAUCCCAGACAGUGACGAAGACGAUGUAUCUGAGGUUGAAUCCUUUAUAUUAGACCAAGAGUUUGAGGAUGAGGAACCCAUUUUAGAUGCCUCUAAAUUUCUACUAACAUCAGAAAGUAUGGAAGCAGCAGAUUUAAGAAAUGUAGAUCCAGAAACUCAAGCAAGACUGGAGGCACUGCUUGAAGCUGCAGGACUGGGGAAGCUGUCCACUGCUGAUGGAAAGGCCUUCGCCGAUCCUGAAGUGCUUAGGCGCCUGACAUCUUCAGUUAGCUGUGCACUGGAUGAAGCAGCAGCAGCACUGACCAGGAUGAGGGCAGAGCAGCAGGGACAGUUGGCACAAGGAGACGGUGGUAGAUCGCUUGCUGAAGCUUGCAGUGAUGGGGACAUUGGAACAGUACGGAAACUCUUAGAUGAAGGCAGGAGUGUACAUGAAACAACAGAGGAAGGGGAGAGCUUGUUGUCUUUGGCAUGUUCUGCUGGAUACUAUGAGUUGGCACAGGUUCUCCUUGCCAUGAAGGCUAAUGUUGAAGACAGGGGCAUCAAGGGGGACUGCACACCACUGAUGGAGGCUGCCAGUGGGGGUUAUGUGGAUAUUGUGAAACUUUUGAUAGGGCAUGGUGGUGAUGUGAAUGCACAAUCUUCAUCAGGUAUGAUUUCUUUCACCUUCCAAUUUUAA